GCCAGAACUCUUGCCCCUGUGUCUUACUCAUACGUGUGUGUUCGGCUUCAAGAGGUCGGUAGCCAUUUUGUUCUGGCCUGGUGUAACUCGGAUAUUAUAGUCUAGGGAUUGCUUCUCAGCAGAGUGAUUCAUCGUAGAUCCAGUGGUUAUUACAUUUAUAUUGUACAGACGAAAAUGUCUAGCACAAGAACCAAGAAGAAACAAAGGACCAGAACCCAGCGUUACACAUCUAAUGUAUUCGCGAUGUUCAACCAGGCCCAGAUACAGGAGUUUAAGGAAGCCUUCAACAUAAUUGACCAGAAUCGUGACGGAUACAUUGACAAGGAGGAUCUUUUUGAAAUGUUCACCUCCCUUGGCAAGAACCCUACAGACGAUGACCUAGAUUUAAUGAUCAACAUGGCGCCAGGCCCCAUCAACUUUACGAUGUUUUUGACACUUUUUGGAGAAAAGCUGAACGGAACUGACCCGGAAGAAGUCAUUAAGAACGCGUUUGCAUGUUUUGACGACAGACAUACAGGUCAUAUUCCAGAGGAUUACUUCCGGGAGUGUCUGAUGACCAUGGGUGACCGCUGGACUGAAGAUAUGGUGGAUGAACUUCUUCAUGGGGCGCCCAUAGCAGACGGUCAAUUCGAUUACUUAGAGUUCACGCGGACACUCAAACAUGGAGCCAGGGAUGAUGGUCAGUCGGAUGGCCAAGGUCUGGACUGUGAGCCCCAGAAAACCCAACCAGAAGGCGUUCCCGUCAGUAGCUAGACUCCAGUUGUUCAGUUGCUUACUUGAUCUUGAUACCAAAUACAAUAUUAACUGCUGCAUCCUUAUACCAUUCAAUUCCAUUAUCAACGUUGGCCAAUAAUCUUUGUUGAGCUUCCAUAAUGUAAUCCUGUUAAAUUGUCUCAAUUGGGACUCUGACUAUAUGGAACUUAGCUCUUUUUUUUUAUUAUAAGACGUGUAUUCAAUAUGUUGCAUUUCAUUACUAUAUGAUACACACUUCUUUCCUUCAACAAGUCAUUGUAAGCACCAAGUUCUAAUGCAAAAUUAGCCAAUCUUCAAGGGACUACAAGAUUUACUUGGUAUAUUUAUUGUUAUAUUUUAUUUAUAAAAUUCAUAAUAAAACGAAAAGAAAUAGUCAACAUAUUUAUUUCCUUUCAAGACUAGCCUAUACCACAAUUAUUAAUUUGACUUCUAUUGUAACAAAUAGUUUCGUUGGUGUAGAAUGUUUGUUAUCUUUGCUCCUUGAGUAAAAAGUCCAGAUACUUAGUAAAGACAGAAUAUUUGGCUUACAAUCUCAAAUAAAUCUGGUCAACAUUGAUUGUUACCUUUCAUGAAUAAACACUUUUUUUUAAAA